CAGAGGACAGAUUUGGGAAGGCUGGGAGGGAUAGGGUCCAAGAGGCGACAGUGGCCCCGUCAGAAGCACCCAGUGCAGGAGGAACGGGAACGGACUGGUCAGAACUUGAACCCUUGUACAGACUUGACAAGCACGCCUAUGAUCUCAAACUCAACUUCAACGUCAGCCUGGAGGACUGGGACAACUUUGACUGGACCGUGGACAGGAUGUUCACGUUGCUAGGCAACUUCAACCACCAGCCGAACGGGCGCCGCAGCAACUUGAUUCCUGGGGAGGGUAGAGGAGGAAGAGACCACGCCCUGGUGUCCUCAACGGACCAAUCAGCCUCAGCCAUCUACCUGACCACCCUGGCCACUCCAGCUCUCCUGCUGAGAGAGGCUGGGGCCGAGGUCCUGAGGGAGGCGUUGGGGCUGAAUGGAGGGGUGCACCGCUCUUCCUCCUCCUCUUCCUCCUCCUCUUCCUGUCCUCCAGUCCCAGCUGAGGAGGGCCGCUCUGACUGGGACCACUCCCCACCUCUCCUCAACCAGUUAGGGGAGGAGGGCCAGCCUAGACUGCAUGACGAGGAUGAGGAGGGCAGGGAUAGGGGUGAUGAAGAGGAGGAGGAAGAGUUGUUUAGGAGACGGUCGGCCCGGUGGAGGCUGAACCAUGCUCACUGUAAGUGCAGUGACUUUGUUCAGGAAGCUGAGAACGGGUUGCCUGUAUGACUGCCUGUAAGACCCCUCUCUCACUCUGUCUCCCCUCCUCACCUGAGAUUUUAGGGAGACUGAAUCAGCACAAUGCCACCUCUGGCCUGUCCCCCACCCAGACCCCCUUAACCUCUCAAGCUCCUCCUCAGGCCACAGCAGCACUUCCAGGCUGAUAUGGGGAUGAGCCUGUCCCUUUAAUCAAGACUGCAGUCCUCCAGUGCCCCAACCAUAUCCCAGGCCCCCUGCUGGCCCCUUCCUGUAAUACACCAACGGACUUCACCAGGAGAUUCUUUAUGAGCGAACACAGCAGCAGCAGCACAUGAUUCUUUAUGAGCGAACACAGCAGCAGCAACACAUGAUUUCUUUAUGAGCGAACACAGCAGCAGCAACAAUGAUUCUUUAUGAGCGAACACAGCAGCACGAACACAUGAUCUUUAUGAGCGAACACAGCAGAAGCAGCACAUGAUUCUUUAUGAGCAACACGCAGCAGCAACACAUGAUUCUUUUCCUAAUGCAGGACCUUACUUUGCUUUGUUUUUUGUUUUUGGUGCAGGGAGCUUUGGGAAUGGGAGAGGAA